AUGCAAGUGAUCGGAGGUCGUAGUAGUCCAGUUGCGCUUGGUUUAACGUUCCAUGCCCUGUCACAGAUCGUGACAGGGUCCGAUCGGCCUAAGGACUCCUCGCCAGCCUCUCCUCGAUCUCCGCGGCGAGUCUUGCGGAUAGCUUUAGCGUCUAGACUCCUCAACGAUUCGGCUAUUGACGAUCCUCGCCAAUUAUCCAUCCCCGCCGUUAUUGAUUUACUCUCGACUAGCUCCGCGGCGAGUGUUGCGGAUAGCUUCGAUGUCUAG